AUGCAACCAGCGAAAAGAGAGGGCGAGAUCGGGAAACUCGCCGGAGCUACCUGUCGGAGUUCUAGAAGACAACCGGCGAGAAGAAAGGUUGGAAGGUCUAAGGCAGAUUACUCGUUUGAACACGAAUCAAAUACGGAUGGUAGUCAACAAAAGAAGAAAAUUAAAAAAGAUGAUAAAAAGAUUGGGGGUUUGGCAUCGAGGAAGAGAAUUUCAUUGAUAAAAAUGUCGGAAGAUUCGAUUUGGGUGACUGGAGUUAGUGGUUCGAUCUGUGAGAGAUUCUGGAAUGAUGUGCAGUGGGUGAUUACACCUCAUGAACUCCCUGUACAAGCUGGUUAUAUGGUUUUUGUGUUCUUGAUCAAUCACACAGUUCUUGCUCUUUCUGAAGCAGGAAUCUUAUACCAGAUGCAACUAAGUGAAAAUUCACAGCCGAUACGGAUCGAGUACGCACCAAUUCAAGAUUCUAGCACAAUCAUGUUCAUCAAAUAUGGUGUUAUAUCACAUAAUACAGAGAGGAUCUAUUUCUGCACGAAAAAUGGGCUGCUAUUGGAGCUUAUUGAGGCUGAUCCUCCAAGAUGGAUAAACCAUGGGAAGCCUCCUGGUGCAGAUGUUGUAGCCAUAGUAAAUGCUCCUGGAAUUAGGGCACAAGUCGUAUUCACCAUAAGUUUGUCGGGGGAUUUGUACGAAUUUGAUAGGAAUUCGAAGCCAUUAUGGAAGAAACACAUAUGGAGUAAAGAAUCGGGUCAUGACACUGCUUUGACACCAUCGAGUGGCGAACAAUAG